CUACCGGAAGCAUUCACAUCCGCAGCACUAAUCAAAAUUUUAAGUGAUUUUAACCAGCCUUUUAUAUUGUUCGAAAUACCAAACAAAUUAUACAAUUAGACCAUGCGCGACCGUCCAGCGCCGGUGGGCGCCACGUGGUUCAGCAACCUGUCCGACUUCCAGGUGGAGGCCAUCGAGGCCCUGGCCUUCUCCAUCCGGGACGACCAAGCCGAGGCGACUGUGUACCGCACCCAGUUCUGCCUCAGUCGGCUGGGAGUCACUCCCAUGGUGAAGACGCGGAUGCUGCGCAAGCUGCUCAACGUGUGCCGCGGCAGCGAUUUGGCCUUCCUCUACUUCCUGCUGGAGGCCUGCUACAAGGGCGCAGGAUACGUCUACAGCGAGCGGAUCCUGAUGGCGGCCAUUACGUUCAUGGACCUGGAGAUGACGAUGCGCGAACUGGACCGCAUCCUGCCGCCGGGCGUGGAGCGUCUGAACAGGAUCAAGAAGUCCAUCGCGCCACUGGUGGCCACCACCUCCAUCUCCGUGCCGCCCACUCCGAACAUGCGGGUCUCGGACCUGCGGAGCGUCCGCUCGCCCUACUUCACGCCGCUGCCCAAGCCCAAGGUGCCCCGCGGCGGCAGCAAGUUCACCACCAGACGACCCUGCCUCGUGGUCACCUUCCCCUUUUGGCCCGCCGGCGAGAGGCCCAACUACAAAGUGAACGACGAGAACCGCUGGUUCGCCCAUUACAAGUUUCAGCCGGUGAAGCGGAUGCUCUUCCAAAUGGUCGGCGACAUCAUGGGCGACUACUGGUGCCAGAUGGGCGGAGAGGAUGGCCCGCGUUCCGGGGACGAGACGAUGCCCAUUUGCGAGUUCCACAAGGAGGCGCUGCGGCAGGAGCAGCUGGUGAAAGACGCGGCCGUGGUCAAGGCGCACAAGCAGUGCCUGGCCCUCAUCGACAUAACGACGCGCCAGGAUGCGGCACUCAGGAAGCGCAUCGUGGCGCAACUGGACAGGGACAUCGAGGUGUGCACGCUCCGCUGGCAGCGUCUCCGUGAGCGCCACCACACGGAUGUCGUGCUUCUGGAGGAUCACGACCAGCUCUGUUCGAUGGGCAAGGUGCCGACCGCUGUGCAACCGGAUAAGAUAAAGCACCUCUUCCACGAGGCGGACAUCGGGCGCCUGAAUGCUGCACCCACUCUGGGAGUCCAGGUCAUCACCGGGAAGAGCACCGUGAGUCGCCUGAGCACAGUGCGGGUCUCGGAUCCGGAGGACGACAUCCCCUGCCCGGUGGAGGUGCAGGAGGAGAAGCUGGCCAAGUGCCCGCCUCCUCUGCUCGGCCACAUGAAGCGUCCGCGGAGGGUGAUCAUGACGCAGAUGAAGGUCGGCGAUGAGAAGCUAUCAUCCUGCACGAAGCCCCAGAAGCCGGGACGCUUCUUCCAGAGGCCUGGCCGGUGCAGUCCCUUUUUGUUCCACUACCACGAGGUGGCACCGCGGGAGCAGAAUCCCGCUCCCAGGGACGUGAUCCGCGGCGAGGCCAUUCGCUCCUUGAGGGAGGAGAGUUGUCCCUCCAGCGAGGGUGGCUACAACGAAAGGGUGGAUCCGCGGGCCCAGGUGGUGGCUGCCAUCGUGGAGUGUGCCCAGAACAUGUGGUUCGGCUCAUUGGAAGCCCAUCAGCGGAACCAGGCGUCUUUGAAAUCCGAAAAGCAAAACGGUUCGGACCAGUCAGAUAAAUCCAAACUGCACCACUUUUGCGGCCAGAGUAAGGACGACCUGGACUGGUCCAGGGAGAUCACCCACUUCGAUCCCGACAACCUGCAAAUGAUGGAGCGUCUGCUGAAGGAUGGCUUUUCCAUACUGCGGCGGGAUCCGCGCUGCGUCUUUGCCGCUUUUCCCGACGCACACAAGUCGGCCGUGAUGCACGAGUGGAUAAAGCGUCGAUAUGGGAAAACCUACAGCUACGAGGAGAUCGGCAAGAUGAUCCGAAAGGGUCUGAACAUCUUUGCGAGCGUGGAGAACCAACUGACCAUGGCGCCCAGUGCCAAACGACAAGGAUACUCGGAGAAAGACACCUACGACGACAUCAAACGCCUGCAGGCGCUGAGCAAGAAACUGAAGGAGAACUACCGGAUGCCGCUCAACGACAGAAUCCUCAACCUGACCCGCAUCUGCUGGCAGGCCCUGCAACCCCACCUGGUCAGAGGCUCCUCCGUGCUCAACAGCUUCUUCGCCUAUCUGCCCGUUCGCUACGCGGACAUGCUGAGGUAGGAGGAGGAUGUAGUGGUGGAAGCUCGGACAAGACAGUUCCAAUGUUGCUUAAUAGUUGGUUACUAAAUUUGAAGUGGUGUGCCUUUUACUUUAUAUUGAUCUGUAUAAUAAUAAAGUCGGAUAUAUUAAGUCGAA